AUGCCAUCACCAAUGUUCUACGUCGGAAGCGCAAUGGUCGCCGUCAUCGGUAUUGCCGCUUACCUCCCCAGACACAAGUACAUCGAUAAGCAUUACAGGAACCUUCAGGGCUAUCGCAGGACAUUUGCCGAUGUUGCUUAUCCAGGACCAGGAUCAAGUGGGAGAUGCACCUUCUCGGGUGCGCACAACUUUACCGCAGUUAUCAGAACCAAGACUCUCUUGGAGGGUAUUGAUGUUGUCCCCAACUUUGGCAUGGACAAGUGCCAACAUGUCGCUGGACCCUCGUUCUGUGAUGAUGUCCGUAUUCAACGCAGCUUGAACAUUGGAUUCCUUGCCUGCGACCCUUCGUUCCCUUACCGCAACUAUGCCGCCAGCAUCUUUGACGAGUCCAAGAUCAAGGAGGACGGUGCUCUUUGGGUCUACGACCUCAACAAGCGCGGAUCGCCUGCUGAAAAGUUGACGAUCAAGGGCUUCAAGGGUCCCUUCCACCCCAGUGGAGUCUCUUUCGCCCCUACUUCUGAGGAUGGCACUCCUGCCCGUGUUGUUGUCCUUGUGGUCAACCAUGUCCCUAACGAGAUCCCCCGUGUCGAGGUGCUCUACUACUACCCCGCCCGCAAGUCGCUCGUCUACAAGAAGACCAUCUCGAGUGAAUACUUCCAUGCGGCCAACAAGAUUGCCGCCUCUGGCGCCGCUUCGCACUUGAACGACGACACUCCUGCCUUCUUCGUCACCAACGACCAUGGAUAUAACCUCACCAACUGGAAGCGCGAAUACGAAGAGAAAUACAACCUCCCCGCCUCGUCUGUCGUCUUCUACCACCCUCGUGCCGACCGUGCCCAGGAGGUUGGCUGGCGCUUCCAGAUGCCCGGAGCCAUUGUUCCCGCAAAUCCUCCUAACUCAUACUGGUUGGCUCUCGGAAAGGGCGGUACCUUGGAGCGUUACCACUCGCACAUGGUCUCUGCCGAGCACCAGGAGCAGACCGUCCUCUCUGCCGACACCCGCGAGCCCAUCACCGUCUCCUGGCCCGGUAUGAUGAUGGAAGAGACGAUCCACACCGCUAAGGUUAACGUUGGUAUGGACUAUGAUGCGGCCACUAAGGGCUUCUACACGGUUUCGCACCCCCGCUGGAACGACUACCUCCAGCACGCCAAAGAAAAGUUCGAGGACAAGGAUGGCAAGCCUUCCGUCAAGGCUGGCUUUGUGAUCUCCAAGGGAACCGAGUACACUGUCCAGCAGGGUCAGGUCCGUCCCAAGCCCUUGAAAGAUGUUGAGUUUGACCCUUCAGAGUUCCCUCGCAGGUACAGGAAGAAGUUGUUCGUGGAGGAGGUUGUUUCCCAUGAUGGGUCUGAGUUUGGAGCACCUUCAGCUAUUGCUAAUACUGGCGACCGUGUCCUUGUCUCCAGCCAUUACGAUCACGGCUUCCUUGACUGCGACCUCUCGUAA